AUGCCGCCACAAGUCACUCCAGCAGCACAGGCAUACGCCGACAACUCCUACACAGCCAGUACAUCGUCCCUAACCCGCCCAGCUCCUCGUGAGGCUCUACCCACUCUCAUCACCCAGCUGCAAGCGCGCGAAGCUGAACCCAUGCCUGACACAGCACCGUCCAUGGAUCCUCAAUCGAGCGCAACUUCCAUGCCGGCGCCAGUGGUGAGUCCUUCCGCGACCACGAGUUGCACAACUGUGCCAGCAGUCCCACCAAGCUGGGAGACUGAGGGAGGUGUUUGGACUGAGCCAGAUCCUGCUGCUGCAACCUCCUCUACAGCUCCACCACCCAGUGCUAAAUCCGAGGCUGAUCCUCCUGCUUCUCCAAAGCCUGAUACUGCUCCCACGACCGCCGCUCAGCCUAGUGCUACUCCCGCCGCAAAGCCAGAUACUGCUGCUAAGCCUGAUACAGCUCCUACUACGGGAGCGCAGCCACCUGCGACUGGUAGUCCCAAGCCUCAAGGCUCGCCUAAGCCUGAUACAGCUCCGAAGCUUGAUACUGCUCCUACUACAGCUGCGCAGCCGAGUGCUACCACGCCGCCGAAGCAGAGUGGGCCAUCGCCAGCUCAGGGUAAGCCGAGUGGGCAGCCAAGUAGCAAUCCGAACGCUGGUGGUCCUCCUGGUCCACCACAAGGUGGCAACUCCUCAGCUGGAGGCCCACCAGGCCAGCAAGGAGGCCCACCCAAGCAAGAAAAGACAUGUUUCCAGAAAGGCGAUGGUACUCGCGUGUGCAAGUGGCUGGACGAGAGCAGCCAUAAUAACACUGAUGUGUUGAACUCUGGCGGCAUCUACGACUACCACAACCAGCACGACAACAAUGACGGCAAAGCCAUCGUAGGCAAGAUUCAAGGUACUGAUGUCGUCAGCGCCAUCAAAGCCAUUCCAUCUGGACCAGUAGACCCACUGGCCACCAAUCAAGCGAUCGCUCCUGCAGCUGCCGGCCCGCCAGCCGGCAGCCCUCAAGCAGACGAGCAAACCUCAGGACCACCUACCAGCAAUUCCACCGAAGUCAGCGGCACUCGUCCGGGAAGUGGCAGUACGAUCUUCGAAGGCAAGACCGAUGACGCCUCUCACGGCUCGCAGGACAUCCACAAUCAAGCCGGCAACUACACCAACCACCAGGACUCCGGUACCCACAACGCCAUCAACUGGAAAACCAAUACCAAAGGCACCCCGGACGGCUCAACAUCCAAAGUCGACAUCGACAGCUCCAAGGAUACCAGCAACGAGUCCCUCGUAACAGACAAAGACGGCGUCUCCAACUCCGACUUCGUGAACGAGUCCAAGAAUGCAGGAGCCAUCGACGUUGAUUCUACGAAUCCCAAAACCGGGUCGAACUCGGCGGAUAUCGCUUGGAGUGAAUUGAACAAAGACCAGACGGCCGAGACGAUAGGAGAGGACUCUUAUGAGUUUCAUCAGCAGAAUAGUCAUAAGGGAUCUUUGUCGCAGAAUUUCGGCGGGACGGAGGGGAUUGCCGAUGCGGAUAAGGCGUAUGCGGAAAUGAUGGCGAGUAUUGGGAAGAGGGGUCUGAGUGAAGAGGUCGAUGCAGGUGCGUUGCAUGGGGUUAUCACCUUCGCUACGGUAGUGACAACCACCACUACUGCUAUGACCACGGACACUGGUACUGGUCCAGGGCUAGGGCUGGAGAUGACCGCCUUACCUACUCUCCAACCCCUAAGCAGCCAACACAUCAUCGCAAACGGCAGUCUACCACCCCAUCUCGGCGGCAACCAGAUGCUCGAUACAGUCAGUCAGUCGCCCAUCCUGUAUUCUCUCGGCUUCAUUGCCGCUUUCUGCAUGAUGUGCGCGUUAAUUUAUGGGAUUGCGAAGACUAGGGUUGAUGAGAAGGUGAGGAGGAAUUCGAGUCAUGAGGAGGCGGCGAGGCUGUUGUUGAGGCAUAAGUCUAGUAUUUUUCGGGAUGAGAUGUAG